UUCACCCACUGGCCAAUAUCAUUGGGUGACGCGGACCGUUCGCUUUUGACCCGCAAUCUGCAGCAGCCAUUUUCACUACUUGUUGCUGGAUCCAGUAGCCUCCGGUUUCAAUUUAAGGGAAACAAUUUCGAAUAAUAAACAAGAGAGAUGGAGAAUAACGGACCUUCCGCUGGAUCGUACAAUAACUUCCGGGUUCUGUAUCUGAUCACGCAAAUGGUUGGUGCAACGAUUGUGAUCCUGGUAGGGUCCUGGAUUGGUGCCCAUCUGAAUGGCCUCGCAUGGACUUCCCAGCCUUCCGUACAGUUCAACUGGCAUCCACUGCUGAUGACCAUGGGAAUGAUCUUCCUGUACGGAAAUUCCAUUCUUAUCUAUCGAGGAUUCCGCUAUGCGCGCAAAAAGCCCUUGAAAAUCACUCAUGCCGUCAUCCAUGGAUUGGCGUUCAUUUUUACCGUAAUUGCACUGGUGGCUGCCUUCGAUUCGCAUAACUUGGCCAAUCCUCCGCGACCGAAUAUGUACACGCUACACUCGUGGGUCGGCAUGGCGGCCGUGGUCAUAUUUGGUCUUCAGUACGUAUUCGGAUUCGUUUCCUAUCUGUUUCCGGGAGUUCGAGACACACUGCGUGCCACCUACAUGCCCAUUCACGUAUUUUUCGGAGUAUUUGGUUUUGUUCUGGCCAUUACAGCUUGUCUGUUGGGACUACUGGAAAAAGCUAUUUUCUCGAUAAACAAUUAUUCCCAACUCCCACCACAGGCUGUUCUAGUUAACAUGAUCGGUUUGCUCAUGGUCGUAUACGGAUGCCUCGUGGUAUUUCUGGUCACCGAACCAAUGUACAAACGCAAACCAUUACCAGAGGACGUAAUGUUGCUGACGCACAGUGCAUCUUCCCAAUAGAUGCGGAAACCUUCCGAAUAUGCUACAGUUAUCUGAACGGUGGUGUCUAAAUAUUGUUUACAGAAAAAAAAAACGAUUGUACUUAUGAGUGCUAAGGUAUUUUUUAUUGUUACCAGUCACCGGGUAAUACUAGAAAUAGCUCAAAAUAAUACAAAUAUGUUCCAAUGCUUAGUGGUCCAAAGCGAUUCAUAUGUAAAUUAUACUCCUACACAACUAUCGAUCAUUAAUGUGAUAAGUUAUAUUAUACCAAAAAGCUAUUUCAAAAACGAUGCUAUGUAUUGUAAAUAUGAAGCCUAUAUUUAAAAUAUAAGACAAGCAUUUCCGAGCAUUUUCGGAU